AUGGCGCAGCAACAUAUUCAAGUAGACAAGAAAAAGCUCUGCUGUUCGAUCUGUUUGGAUCUGCUGAAGGAUCCGGUGACUAUUCCCUGUGGACACAGCUACUGUAUGAACUGUGUUAAACAUCACUGGGAUGAGGAAGAUCACAAGAAAACCCACAGCUGCCCUCAGUGCAGACAGACCUUCACACCGAGGCCUGCUCUGGUUAAAAACACUGUCUUGGCAGAGUUAGUGGAGGAGCUGCAGACGACUGAACUCCAAGCUGAUCACUGCUACGCUGGACCUGGAGAUGUGACCUUUGAUGUCUGCACUGGGAGGAAGCUGAAAGCUACCAAAUCCUGUCUGGAGCGUCUGGUCUCUUACUGUGGGCAACACCUCCACCCUCACUAUGAAUCCCCUGCCUAUAAAAAACACAAGCUCAUCAAACAAUCGAGGAAGCUCCAGGGGAACAUCUGCUCUUGUCACGGUAAAGAGUUGAAGCUUUUCUGCUGCACAGACCAGAAGUGUAUCUGCCUUCUCUGCGCAGUGUAUGAACACAAACACCACGACAUGAUCUUGGCCUCGGAAGAACGCAGUAAAUGGGAGGGGGAGCUUGUUUCAAGUCAACAAAAGAUUAAAAAGAGAAUCCAGGACAGAGAGAAUGAUUUGAAGGUGCUUCAGCAUGAGAUGGAUGCCAUCAAUUAUUCUGCUGAUAAGGCUCUCAAGGAAAGCGAGGAGAUCUUUACUCAGUUGCUUCAUCUUAUCAACAACAUGAGCUCCGAUGUGAAGUUGCAGAUUAAAUCCCAGCAGAAGACAAAAGUCAGUCGAGCCAAAGAGCUUCGAGCCAAGCUGCAGCAGGAGCUCAGGUGGCUGAGGAGGAGAGAUGCUGAGCUGGAGCAGCUGUCACAUACAAAAGAUCAUGCAACGUUUAUUCAAAAUUACUCCUCUUUGACAUGCAUAAAUCAGGGAGCCGACCCACGCAGGAUUAGCAUGCAUCUUCUGCAGUACUUCGAGGAUGUGACACUAGCUGCGCACAAGGCCGAAGAAAAACUACACGUGAUUCUUACUGAUACUUCCACCAAAAUCUCACUGAUAGAGAAAGAAGUUAGUGUUUCAGUACCAUCAGGAGAGCCUAAGACCCGAGCAGAAUGUUUACAACACUCACAAGUACUCACACUGGAUCCAAACACAGCAAACACACACUUGUCACUAUCUGAGGGGAACAGAAAAGCAACUGUGAUGAGUGAAAAACAGUUAUAUCCCAGUCAUCAAGACAGAUUCACUGACAUGUUUCAGGUCCUGAGCAGAGAGAGCCUGAGUGGACGUCAUUACUGGGAGGUGGAGAAGAAGUCAUUUGAAGUUUCAAUAGCGGUUACCUACAAAGAUAUCAGAAGAACAGGGUAUGAAAGUGGAUUUGGAAAUGAUGACAAGUCCUGGGCUUUAGAGUGUUUUAAUAACAGUUAUCAGUUCAGACACAAUGCCACCAGCACUUUAAUCAGAGGCCCUCAGUCUUCCAGAAUAGGCGUGUACCUGGAUCACACUGGAGGUAUUUUGUCCUUCUACAGCGUCUCUGACACGGUGACUCUCCUCCACAGAGUUCAGACCACAUUCACUCAUCCGCUGUAUCAGGGUCUUGGUGUUUUUGCUUCUUCUGAUGCUGCUGCUGCUGCUGAGCUGUGCGAGCUAAAAAAAAUACUAGUGCCUGUAAGUCCUGUGUAA